AUGUCUACAGAUAAUAUAAGCAACGCGAACAAUACAAAAAAUAGCAGCAGUUCGAAUUCUAUUAAUAAUAGUACAGUAACAGUUAUAAAAGGAGAAACACUUGAAGGAGCUGUCCAAGGAGGAGCAAAAACUGUUAAAAAGACUGUUAGAACUGAUUUUAGCGAAUGUAUUACAGAUGCUCAAAGAACUCAAUUUAAUUUGAACACUUUUAUUAAUCGACAUAUAAGAACGGGAUCGAAAGCGCAAAAAUAUGAGGUAACAUUUUUCUGAUACGGAAAACAAGCGGAAAAUAUUAUAUUUGAUCCAAAAUUUCGGAAAUUUCAUCUCAAGUUUGAAAUUUCAAAAUAAUUAUAAUUUGGAGUGCCAUUUUUUCAACUUUCAAAAAAAAACAUUAAACCUUCUAGGAGUUUUUCUACAUACCACGCCCAGCUUCGUGCAAAUUAACUUUAAAAAUUGGCGGUGUGGGUUUUGAAUUUUUUGGCAAGGUGAAAACAACGUUUUCGACUGAAAAAUACGACUUUUUUUUUACGAAAAAAACAAGCAAAAAUUUUCUGUUUCUCAAGAAAAUUUAAAAUUGGUGAGGUGAAUUUCCGUAUUUUUUAUUGGCGCCGUGCAAAUGCCUCACCCUGGGCGUGGUAUGUUUUUCUAUAAUAAUUUAGUUUUUCUCAGAUUUGGGAAAUUCACUGUUUAUUGGAAAGAGCUGGAAAAGUAUUUCAAAAUGGAAAAGCAUUGGUCGAAGUUCGUGCACCUGUAAAUAUUUGUGGAGAUACUCAUGGACAAUAUUCCGAUCUUUUAAGAAUAUUCAAUUCAUGUGGUGCUCCAACAAGACAAAAAUAUUUAUUUCUUGGUGAUUAUAUCGAUCGAGGAAGACAUUCUUUAGAAGUUAUUUGUCUUUUGAUGGCACUUCGCCUUGCUUUACCAAAAAGAAUGUUUUUGUUACGAGGAAAUCAUGAAUUGAGAGCAAUCAAUAAGAACUAUGGAUUCUAUGCCGAAUUACAAAAUCGAUUCAGAUCAAGUGGUGGCGAACAUGUUGCAUUAUAUGAUCAUUUCAAUUAUGUUUUCAGUUUUAUGCCAUUGGCUGGAAUUGUUUCAAAACGGAUACUUUGUAUGCAUGGUGGAAUAUCUCCACAUUUAAAAUCUUUGGAUGAUAUUCGGAAUAUUGAAUUGCCACUUGAAACUGCAAAACAAAAUGUUGGUUUUGUUAGGGGACACGUUUUGGGAUUUGGAUCAAAAACUUCUUGGUCUCUGAUAUUUAUUAUUUUUGCAGCCACUUGCAUGUGAUUUAUUAUGGGCUGAUCCAGAAAAAGGAUGUGCUGGUUUCGAAAACAAUAAAAUUCGCGCAAUUUCUCAUAUUUUUGGAGAAAGUGAAGUUGACAAUAUGUGCAAAAGACUUGAUAUUGAUUUAAUUGUACGAGCUCAUCAAGUUGUUGAAUAUGGUUAUGCAUUUUUUGCUGAUCGCCGCUUGGUUACUGUAUUUUCAGCUUCAAGAUAUCAAGAAGAAUUGCACAAUUAUGCUGCCGUUGUUGUUGUUUCAGCUUCUUUAGAAUUGAGUUUUAUUCAAUUAAAACCUGAAGAAUUUGAAAAACGAAGAGAGGAAAAUGAUAAAAAUGGUGGAGGAAAUGAAAAUGAACAACCAACUGCAAAAGGAGGACAAGAAUGA